AUGUCCAUCGUAAUUGUACUCUUCGCCUUGACCGCCUCAGCGAUUGCAGCAGAAACAGCUACCUCAUCAUCGAAAGCAGCCUCGCCAAGCGCAUCACCUCCUCCUGCACCCCCAUCUCCAGCGGAGGAGCAAGAGAGGGAUUCCUCCCUGGCCCUCUUCCUAGUCCUCUUCCUGCUCAUCUUCUCCUUCUUCGCCAGCUACUAUCUCAGGGUCAAGAGGAUCACCGCUAUCCAUGAGACCAUUGUGGGUCUCUUUGCCGGAAUGCUCGUAGGAGCAAUUCUGCGCAUUGGACCUGGAGAGCAGGUGCAGCAGAUGCUCAGCUUCAGCAAUACCAUCAUGCUCAAUGUUCUUCUGCCGCCCAUCAUCCUCGCUAGUGGCUACGACUUGAGACAGGAGAACUUCUUUCGCAACUUUGGCACGAUUCUAGUCUUUGCCUUUGCGGGAACAUUCAUCAGCGCCAUUGUCAUCGGCGUCCUAGUCUACCUUUGGUCCUUGGCAGACUUUACCAUUUCACUCUCCAUCCUCGACUGCCUCAUCUUUGGCUCGACUCUGAGUGCAACAGAUCCAGUGACCAUCCUGGCCAUCUUCAAUAGCAAGAAAGUGGACCCCACGCUAUACAGUAUCAUCUUUGGAGAGUCUCUCCUGAAUGAUGCAGUCUCCAUUGUCAUGUUCGACACCCUCUCCACAUUCCGAGGACAGAACAUCUCCAUCUACUCCCUCUUCAAUGGAAUUGGGCUCUUCCUCGUCGUAUUUGGCGUCUCGAUGGCCCUGGGAGUAUGCUUCGGACUGGGCUGUUCACUGAUGCUCAAGCAUAGCAGACUGAGCAUGUACACGCAGCUGGAGAGCUGUCUCGUUGCUCUGAUUGCAUACACAAGCUACUUCUUCAGCAAUGCAGUGACCAUGAGCGGAAUCGUCAGUCUGCUCUUUUGUGGUAUCACACUCAAGCACUAUGCGUACCACAAUAUGUCCAGGAGGACACAAAGGGCGACGAGGUACAUCUUCCAGACUUUAGCAAGCCUCUCGGAGAACUUCAUCUUCAUCUACCUCGGUCUCUCCCUUUUUACACAGGAGAACCUCGUCUUCAAACCCCUCUUCAUCGUAGUGACGAUCGCAGCGGUCAUCUUCUCUCGCUACGUGGCCGUCUUCCCCAUUGCACACCUCAUCAAUCUCUUCAGGCGCGUGCGGGGGAGGCGAGCAGAUCGAAGGAGCGGCGGAGGAGGUAUUCCCCGGACUGGCAACGAGGAUCAGCUGUCCAGAGAGUACCAAAUCAUGCUGUUCUGGGCCGGUCUGCGAGGAGCCGUGGGCUUUGCACUCAGUGCAGGAAUCGAGGGCAAUAAUGCACUAGCGCUGCAGACUACCGUGCUGGUAACCAUUGUCUUGACGCUCAUUGCCUUUGGAGGAACCACCUCUCAGAUGCUGGAUAUUCUUGGCAUUCGGACAGGCGUACAGGACGAUGAGGGAGACUCGUCGGAUGAAGACGUCGAUGCUGGCAGACCCGGUGGAUCUCACGUCGGGAUGGGCAAUGUGCGCAAUCGUAGAGGCUACUCGGGCCGCAAGAGAGCAGCAGGAGCUGGUGCCUCGAGGUACGCAGCGGCGGGAUCCUACAGAGAUGACGAGGUGUUCAUCCCCAAGGGCAGCUCUGCUUCUGGCGCCAGGGGCAACGACAGCCCGCGCUACUCAUACGAAGAGGAUGAAUCGUCCCAGGACGAAAGCGACGUUCUCCCCUCUGCCUCGACUAGGGACGGUGCCAAUGGCAGUGGUUCCGGCGGAGGGUUCACAAUCGGUCCGGACGGCUUCCCCGAAGCCUUUACGGGCAGCAGUCGAGCCGCGGGCGGAGCGCGAGCCCUUUUGGAGCGAGGAGCUCUAAUCAUGCGUGAUGGUCAGUGGUUCCAGAAGAUCGACGAUCGGUACCUCAAGCCUUACUUUUCCAAUGCGGUCGCUUCGCGCAAGCACGAGGAACGCAAAUCGUUACGAGCCGCCUCGCGCUCUCAUAGUAAUCAAGGAAGCGGAAGUGCGCUGCCCAGCUCACACACCUCGCCCACUGGCUCCUCGAGCAACAUCCUCCAGCACGCAGGAGGUUCCUCUUCUGCUGGCCUUUCCGGUGGAGCAAACGACGAAGCGGCCUUGUGGGAAGCCGAAGCCCUAUCGCGUGAACCAGAUGCAGACAUCUUCCCUGCUUCGUCAUCAGCCUACUCUGAGGAUGGCGAUGAUGAACUGCUUGGGCUGGGAAUGGGAAUGGGUACAAGUAGGAGCGCGACGCCUCUGGGUGGCUCAUCGAGUAUCUCUGGUGCUGCAGGUAGUGGAGCUGCGGGAGGUAGGGCUACACCCAGGCGGCCGAAUAGCGUGUCGGGAUUUAGUGGGAGUGGGUUAGGGUCAGGAGGUGGAAAUAGCAACGGAGCCGGAGGUGGAGGCGGAGGCAAUAACGACGUCUAUGGCAGGCGGACAGGCGGUAUUGGAGGAGCCUUUGGUCCUUAG